AAAGCAACAAUAUUGAGGUCGUACGUAGACUUGACUAUCUGCAAGUCCUGUCUAUAUAUGCAUAUAUACAGUGUAAGAAGCUCGCCUCCAAGGGAAUAUUAAACCCAAUAUAUGGUUUUGAUCAUCUGUUGGGCCAAUAUUCGAUAUUCAUAUAUAGAGGCAUUUGGUUGAGGGCCGGACGGGUGUGGGAAGGUUUAUUAAUUCAUUAAAACAAAAGGUUCAAUUCGAUGACGACAAAGAUGGAGAUCAUGUUUCAGGUGAGGCAGAGGAGGAAGAAGAUGGGGAAGUUCCGCUCCCUUUUGCGGUGGAUGAAGAUGAAGAUGAGGAGAAAAAAAAACAGAUAUGAUUAUAAUUCCCAAUCCAUGAGGGCCCUCCGGACUGCCGUUGCCACUCCUGGUGUAGUAUCAGCAACACUAAAAGGGGAGGAGAAGAACAAAAUAGAGGUGACGGGAGAGACGAUAGAUGUGUACAAGCUUGCCAAGAAAAUGAAGAAGAAGUUGGGACACGCCGUGCUGGAGACUGUUGGCCCAGUGGAUGAUAAGAAGAAGAAAGAGCCAGAGUUGGUGCUACUGCACCCUCAAUAUCCUUUCUCCCAACCCCUUUGCCUCUGCGACGACUCUCCCCGUCCUUAUUAUAAUUACUGCACUAUCAUGUAAUUCAUUCUAUUUUAUUUACUUAUUACUUACCUCUUGCACGCUC